GCGCUAGCUAACUCGACUUCCGGAGCGGGUUUUCUCUGGCAGUCGGUGGCGUGGGGACCGGCAAGCUCUGGAGCCAUAGCCGAGCGCGGGGUCGGUGCGCCCUUCGUGCACAGUGGACUUGGAAGAGUUGCCUGUGGAUUAACAUGUACUGAAGCUAACUGAUACUCUCAAUUUGGAAUAAAUAUGAGCAAAUUCCGUGAUGAAUUGACAAGACUUGCUGUGGCAGAGCGUGACAAGAGAGAAGGUUCUGUGUUGUCGAAUCCUGGAAUGCAUUUCCCAUGGCUUCAGGAGCGCAUAGAAACUGUUGUGACCGGAGGGAAGAAGAAGAGGGAUUUUACUCAGACAACAAGUGUUUGUUUAAGCUUCAUCCAAGAAGCCCUGCUGAAGCACCGGUGGCAGCAAGCUGCAGACUAUAUGCACAGCUACUUACAGACCCUGGAAGACUCAGACACCUUCAAGAGACAGGCCGCCCCUGAGAUUAUUUGGAAGCUUGGAAGUGAAAUUCUAUUUUAUCACCCUAAAAGUAAUGUGGAGACUUUUAAUAACUUUGCUGACCGGAUGAAAAAUAUUGGCGUCUUGAACUAUUUAAAGAUCUCCUUACAACAUGCGUUGUAUCUUUUACAUCAUGGAAUGCUUGAGGAUGCAAACAGAAACCUCACUGAUGCAGAGGCAUGGCGGUAUGGUGAAAAGUCGUCCUCUCAGGAAGUGCUGAUCAACCUUGUUCAGGCCUACAAAGGGCUUUUACAGUACUACACGUGGUCCAAGAAGAAGAAGGAGCUGUCAGAGCUUGAUGAGGAUGAUUAUGCUUACACUGCAAAAUCUCAAAACAUGCUCAGCCAGAGCUGCAAGACGUCUGCAAGUAUUUCUGCCCUGCUCAAAACUCCCGGAGUUUGGGACCCUUUCGUGAAGAGUUAUGUGGAGAUGUUAGAAUUCUAUGGUGAUCAAGAUGGAGCCCGAGAAAUACUCACCAAUUAUGCGUAUGAUGAAAAGUUUCCCUCAAACCCCAAUGCCCACAUCUACUUAUAUGAAUUUCUGAAGAGAGAGAAGGCACCAAGAGCGAAACUGAUAAGUGUUCUUAAGAUUUUACAUGGGAUUGUGCCAUCCCAUCCACUGAUGUUAGAAUUCCAUAUGAUGCUUAGGAAAUCAGAGACAGAAGAACACCAGAAGCUGGGCUUGGGCGUAUUAUUUGAAUUCCUUGAUUUUGCUGGAUGCACUAAGAACAUAACUGCCUGGAAAUACUUGGCAAAGUAUCUGAAGCAGACAUUAAUGGAAAGUCAUCCGGCGUGGGUCGAAGAAGAGUGGAAAUCUAGGAGAAACUGGUGGCCGGCCUUUCACUUCAGCUUCUUUUGGGCAAAGAGCGACUGGAAGGCAGAUGCUGACUUAGCUUAUGAGAAAGCUUUUGUAGCGGGAAUCCUUUUAGGAAAAGGUUGUAGAUAUUUUCGGUAUAUUUUGAAACAAGAUCAUAAAACCUUGAAGAAGAAAAUUAAGCGGAUGAAGAAGUCUGUGAAAAAAUACAGUAUUGUAAAUCCAGGUGUUCGCACCUAGAUGAUUAGCUGCACAAUGUAGUGCUCUGUGGUUAUUGAAUGUCAGUGUUUCAUGUUUUAAGAUGGUUUUUCAAGUUAUUAUAAGUGUGUGUAUACAUGCUUGACAUGUCAGCCAUGUCGUGUCCUUCCUCAGGAGCCUUGCUUUGAGACAGGUCUCUCACUGAGACCCGGCACUCACCUUUUAGGCUGGUUGACCAGUGUGUCCCAGGGAUUCUUCUUAGCUCUGGGAUUGUAAUUGUAAUUUAUUCAUUCAUUCAUUUGUGUGUGUGUAUGUGUGUGUGUGUGUGUAUGUGUGUGUAUGCGUGUGUAUGCGUGUGCAGAUGACUGGGCAUGAGUGUGGUGGAGAAUGACUUGCAGGAGUGGUUGCCUCCUUGCUCCAUGUAGGUCUCAGGGACCAACUGUGGCAGUAAGACUGACAAGUGACCCUGUCCACUGAAUGGAUCUUGUCAGCCCUGUGCACAGCUCCCGUGUGGGUACUGUGUUCAACUCGUGUCUUAGUGGGCUACUUCCCCGGCCCUUUAUUUAAUUAUUCUUUUAAAUAAUUUAUUUUUAUUUUGCAUGCAUUGCUGUUUUGCCUGCAUACUUUUCUGUGUCAGAUUCCCUGGAACUGGAGUUACAG